AUGGCGUCAUCAACCCCGCAGCAAAGCGCAGGCCUGGGCAUCAGUCAAGGAGGCCAAAGUCGACCUCCUGGAGAUGAUCGCGCGCCGUAUCUAGAAGACUAUCCAGAUAACCAACAGAGAAGAAAGAACAGUAGUAGACAGCGAGUACCACCCAGGCAACAUCAUAGGAACCCGCCGAGGCAGCGACGAGUACACUCUACUGACGACUACCACGUCAAUUAUGCUGCCGAUGCACAACCCAGUUUUCUUGAAUCCCCGUUCGCGCCUGUACCUCGGAGUGAUGACCGUUACCGCCAGCAUGAGCCUUACCAACAGGACCCAUGCCCAUGGUAUCCUCAACCAAGCCCUGGAGAACCUUCCACUUAUCCUGCCAAUUAUUCUGCUUCAUACUCCUACCCCUCUGACCCUUACAGCUACUUCCCUGGCACUUCGCCUCCUACCAUGACACCUUACUCACAGCCAGGACCAUACAGCCAGCCGCCUAUGGAGUUUGACCAAGACUACACCACAGCCGUUACAUACGAACCUCCACCGCCUCCGCCUCCAUAUCCUGAGUACCCCACCCGAACACCUAGACGACCACCUCCUCAACCGCUGGCCCCCAGACAGCCAGCCUCCAGUCCAGAAUAUCUCAUGAGAGGUGCGAUACUAGAGGUCCCUGGGCGACCCCCAAAGAAGAGAACAUCAAGUCGAAGGAAAGACGACACCUCAUCAUCAAACGACCAAAGAACGCUACUGGUAAUGGGCCAAGUCUUAGAUGGACUUAAUAGUCUUCAAAGGCAGCUCGAAGACAGAUCCUCCGAAGUUAGAUCUGACCCAGGAAGGUUUUUGUCAACUCGCCGACCCAGAAGUGUAUCAACCACGAGCCAAUAUGCCAUGGAAGAGACAAGAUCGCUCGACGUGGAGAGACAAGAACGAGAUCAUUUAGUGGGUAUCAUCAAUCGAUUACUCGAAGACAGAGAGAGACAAGGGUAUCGAAACCCUUAUUUACAAUCACAGAGAAGGGACAUAGCUGCCCUAAUUGAGGACAGCAUUGGGCUGAAUGAGAAUGAAAUGAACAGGGCCUUGAUCAGGCAUGGCGAUAGCAAGGAAAUCGAGUCUAAACUCGACACCAUUCUGGAUCUUCUAGUCGAACGCAGAUCGAAUAACGGCCAGACUCUCCGUCCAAUUUUACAGAGAUACCACUCGCAGAGACAAGAUCAUUCAGGUCCAAGGGCAGACCAGACAGUCAUCUCUAUCAGCUCAUCGCGAGAGCCCAACUUGCGCAGACACGUCUUGCAACGUCGUGCAUCUGUCACUCAGCCCGUGACCAGGGAACGGCAAUAUGUCCAGCACCACACAACACAUUCAUCAAACCAAGGUCGUAUUCGAGUGAGGCCCAGCAAAGCAGCCGAGCAAGCAGUUGAAGAUUCAGACAGUGAACUAGAGGAAGACUACGAUCUGUUCCAAGGCUACGAGACACAGGACAGUCCUGUCCAAGAAGAUCUUCGAGCCAGACGUUUAGGUCUAGCACGAGAUAUGGAAUACGAAAACGCCAGGAGUGAAGCAGUAUCAGAGCAGCGACAUGGUACCAAUAUACAACGUGUCAGUAGGAGACUAUCGGAGGGCGGUGAGCAGAGAAUGAAACCGAGAUAUUACGCCACUGUUGAGACCGUGGAGGAUGAUGACGAUGAUGACGACGAUGGUAUCGAAGAUCAGGUACCAAUUCCGACUCGUUCCUCAAUAGCUCGUAGACCAAAGGUCGAGCAGGGAGACAGAAAGAUACCGCAUGUGCCUGAUCCACCUAUUUCUAUUGUUGGCCAGAGAGGGGGGCAAAGAGUAAGGUUCGAUAGUGCUUGA